UUCCGGGCUUUCCCACGAGGAGCCCGACAGGGCCGCGGCCUUUUUUCCGGACACGCCCAGUUCGACCGUGGUCGAGUUUGGUGACAUUGUCAAGCGCCCGGUGCGCUCGGCAGCCGACGCCGUCGAGCACGUCAUCCGCGCGUACCACAGCUCCCGGUCUCGUUCUCGCUCCCAGUCUCAGACGAGCCACCAGAGCGUCCAUGACUCCAGCCGGGCCAGCACGCCCACGGGGAGAAGGACGCCCACGGGCAGGCGGGCGCCAUCGAGUCAGAGGUCGCCGUCUUCGCAGCGCCCGACGCCGCCGCAGAAGAGCAAGGCUAUGAACGAGAGAGUCAACAGGUUCCUCCAUUCUGUGGUCCCGAACCCCGUCCCCGUUACCCUGCUUGAAGAGAACCGCAGCCUGCAUCAACGCGUGUCAGCUCUGCAGGGGAGCGAACAGGAGCUCCUCAAGGAGAACCAGAACCUGGCCCAACAGCUGGCCACCCAGAAGCAGCACCAUGAGACACGGCGCCGGCAGUGGAAGAAUGACCUCUUGCAAAAGGAGCACAUGUUCGAGGCCCGCCUCAGGGGCUUGGAAGAGCAGAUUGCCGAAAAGGAGAGGGAGCUGAUGCAUCUAUCGGCCGCCCAGUCCCACAACCCGUCGCCCGCCCUAGCUCUGGCCGACCAUGACAUCGUCUCGUGGUUCUCGGCGAGGACCACUGCCUGGCACGGCUGGGCUCGGGACUUUGCCCACCCCGACCCAGACCGCGUCCGGUCCGCCCUCCAUCCCAAGCAGCUGGCCGAGCUGUGCGAGGGAGUCAAGGGCUUCGUACGCCUCACCGACGACGGCAGGCUGCCUGAGGAGCUGCUGGCCAGCGCAGGCGACGCGGCCGGCAGGACGACACAGGUGCUCCUCCACGGCCUGCUCGCCAACUUCGUCGUCACCGAGACGCUGCAGUCGCCCUUCUGGGUCUUUGACGCCCUGUCCACAAGCGGCCUCGAGCUCGAGAGUCCCUCCAUGCCGCGCGGCAGCCCCAUGUCGCCUGUGGGAUUCCGCAUGGACCUGGCAAUGUGGAACAACGUCGCUCCCGUCCGGUCCGCCCGCCUCCCCCAGCCGAAAACCCCACGCAUGGCACCAGAACCCUUCAGCCCUCGCCGACUGCCACCGCUGGUCACCUCGAUGAAGCCGGCCAGCCCCCUCAACCUUACCAAAGUAGGCCUGCCGGGCCCCUCGUCGAACCAAGGCCUGCCUGCGAAGGCCGACAUUGAGAACUUGCACUUGCUGCUGUCCCAUGUCCAACAAAGCCAGUCAAACACGAACAGCUGGCGGGCGCAGCUGAUGCAGAUCCUGUCCGAGGGCGGGCUGAGCGUGGAGCCAGAGAACGCCAUCGGCGAGGGCCGGCGUGUGCUGGCCGAGGCACGCCAGAACUACGCGCGCAAGCUGAAAGACCGCUUCCUCAGUGGUGCGGCGCGGUUCCUAUUGCGGGAGCAGAACCAGCAGGAGCAGGAGCAGAAAACCGAGGCUACCACCGGCAACAACAACAACAGCAUCGAGAAGCUCGAGCGCCACCUCGUCAACGAGUUCGACGCGGCCCUGCGCUUCUCGUGCCGCGUGUGGUCGCGCCACGACCCGCUGCGCCUGCGCGGGCUCUCGGACCUCGCUGCCGCCGCCUUCACGUCGUCCAACGACGCCAUGGACCUCUGCCAGGCCCAGGCCGACGCGCUGGCCCUCGCCCGCGCCCAGGCCGGCGACCAGACGCCGCGGACCUUUUCCGUCCGCAACGGCCACGAGGGCCAUUCGGUCGUGGUCGUGCUGCAGCCCGCCGUCGACACCAUCGUCACUGCCCCCGAGAACGGCGGUCAGGGCCAGCGCGACGUCCCCAGGAUGUGGUCCAAGGCCCGCGUCUUCGUCGCCCCGCCGCGCCUCGUCAUGCCCGCCCCCGCUUGCGUAGCUGACCUGACCUCGCCGGCUCCUGUCACCGCCGUGCUGAUCGGGUCGCGCCAGUCCAAGGUCCCGCUGUCGGCGGCGCCCGUGACCGCUGUGCUCGCCGGCCCCUUGUCGCGCAUCCCGCUCUCUGCCGCGCCCGUCACCGCUGUGCUCGCCGGCCCGCUGUCGAGGAUCCCCCUCUCCGCGGUACCCAUGACUGCCGUGCUGGCUAGCUCGCAGCCGCGAUUCCCGCUGCCCCCGGUCCUUGUGGAGGAAAAGGAGGAGAAGGAGCCGGCGGCUGCAGUUAUGUCAGCAACACCGCCGAUCUCGGAAGUGGCAGAGGGGCUUCUGCCCGCGGCGUCUUUCACCGACCCGUCCAGCCCUGCGCCCGCGAGACAGUUCUCCAAGCCGCCGCCCAUCGAGAUCCUGGAAAUGCUGCCGAAGCUAUCGUACGCGGGGUCGCCUAUCUUCUUCAAGGUCACGUCGCCCGAGGACCAGGCCGAAGGUCUCUGACGCGCCGUUCCUGUUCAUUGUGUCUUGCAUUGCGAGGGGGAAAGGGGGAUGAGGUGUCAAAACAUGGGUGGCUAGGAAUUUGUUUGUGCUCGUGUGUUUUUGAAGUCCGGUUCUUAUUUAGUGAUUUAUGCGCGGUGUUCUGGGGCAUGGUUGCAGACGAGCAGGAAAAGGCGUCUUUGCUUCUUUUGCUGAUGUUUAGGGUUCAAGCUAGAAAACAUACGAGAGUCAUAGUAAUCGCGAGACGGGACAGAUUUGAGUGCCUUAAUAAAUAGUUGGUAAAUACGAUUGCUAUUCGCUUGUUUA